CCCUUCCUGCCCUCGGGAGAGACCGUCUCCAGGAACUGAGGGGCCGCGGAGGCAGGAAAUCCUGCGGAGCCCCGUGGUGGCAUCACCUCCGCGCGCGGGAGGGUGGGGUCCCCAGCCGCCUCCUCCCUGCUCGGCGUGAGCAUCCGCGCGAUGAAACGUGGAACUCGACAGUGGAAUCAGGGUGUGCGCGCCUCCCUGAACUGCGAAUUCUCCUGUGUUUAACAUUACUGACGAGUAAACCGCACCGCCCUGCUCGCCUCAGUUUCCCCGCACAGAACUUUCAUGCUAAAUCGUAGCUAAAAAACAACGUUAAGGCUGUUUUCUGCCCGGGAUGCUUUCCGUUUACACUGUCCUCAGGGUGUCUGACCUCUCUACCAAUAAUAUGCUAACAGAAGUUCAACGAGAACAGCAGUGGGAUGCCCGUGUUGAAUCUAUAAGAAGAGAUGGAGUGCCAUUGUCCUUCAAAGUGCACGUGGAAUUGAUGAGGAGAAGCUAUGAUGAAGUCCCAGAUCAGGAUGAAGUCCAAGAUCAGGAUGAUGUAGGUGGAAGGAAGAUUACUAGUGGGACAUUUCUUUCUCUUUCCCAAAUUACUGUCUUGUCAGAAGAAAAUCUGGAGGGAGUUGAAAAGAAGAUGGAAGAAUUUCUGAAUCUUACACAACUAAAGACAUCUUUGAAAGAAGCUAUUUUACUAGAUUAUUAUACUGCAGGAUUUUGGUGGGCUAAAGAAAUGAACUUCAGUCUUAUGCAGCUCUCAGGAUUCAUGGAUCUAUUAAAUUUUGCCUUGGAGAACCUCAGUGGGAAACAUAUGACAUUGGGAGAGAAUUUAAAAGAACUUGAAAGAGCAAUGUCUGGAAUAGGAGAAACUGAGUCUGAAGAAAGAGGUGACCUGAAUUUAUUCAGCAUUGAGCAAGCCAAAGCAAUCAUUGAUUACUUGGUUACCAGUUUAUUUAAACACUAUAAAGCAUAUGAAUACCUCUUCCACGGUCGUAGAGAAGAACCUGUGAUAAGUAAUGAGAAUAAGAUUGAACUUGACCAACCUGCAGUUUCCCUCUCAGCUUCAGCAGCAGAAUCUCAGGGGUCUGACCAGGGGGAUUACCUGCAGGAGCCCUGUCCAGAGGCAGUGUCUUCUGAGGCGGAUGCUGUAGGUGGAGUCGCUGCUAAAGAUGAGAAGUCUGCAGUGUGGGAAAUCCCAAAUGAAAUUAUUGGCAACCUUGAGGCAGACUUAAAUGAAAAGCUGCAAAUGCAGAAAGAAGCUUAGACUUGGAGAACAGAAAAAUUGAAAAGUCCUAAAUAGCCAGAUAAGAAAGGUGAUGCUGGGUUUUGCAGGAAUUGGGCAGUAGGGGAUGGCACACGAGAGGCUGGCUCGCUAC